UGGCUAAAACAUUUCCAGUGAGAGGAGCCACUCUGCUCUCACUUCUGCCCCUGUUUUCUAAAACCCUAACAAGUGGGUUUAAGCUCUGCAAUCCAAAUUCCCAAAACCCGACUCGGUGAAUGAAUCAACUCCGAUAAUGGUGAUUUCGAGCUUCGGAAUCGCCUGCCGACCCCAUUUCUGCCUCCGUGCUCCUCCGUUUCACUGCAUCAGCAAGGUGCAAGUGAACUUGGUCGCGGCCAUGGAAGCGCUUGAUGAGCCGGAGGGUCUGUUUAAGGACAAUAAAAGCAGUAAUUCUGCCAAUGGAAGAAGCAAGUUUCGACCUUUUGAAGAUGCUAAGGCGCCGGCAUGGAAGAAGUUGAAUUCCACAGAGCUUGGGAUUACUACUUCAAUGAUCGACAAGCCUACUCGAAAGGUUCUCAAUGGGCUAAAACGAAAGGGAUAUGAUGUGUAUCUUGUAGGAGGUUGUGUAAGGGAUCUUAUAUUAAACCGUACGCCAAAGGACUUUGACAUAAUAACUUCUGCUGAACUGAAGGAGGUGACAAGAACAUUUUCUUGGUGUGAAAUAGUUGGCAAGCGGUUUCCCAUAUGUCAUGUGCACAUUGGUGAUACAGUUAUUGAGGUCUCAAGUUUUAGCAUCUCUGCACGUAAGUCUGGCAGAAACUUAAGUCGUGAUUUCAGGAAACCAAGUCACUGUGACGACAAUGAUUAUAUGCGUUGGAUGAAUUGUUCACAGCGUGACUUUACCAUUAACGGGUUGAUGUUUGAUCCUUAUGCAAGGAUAGUGUACGACUACAUGGGAGGCAUUGAAGAUAUUAGAAAAGCUAAAGUCCAAACCGUGAAACCUGCAAGUACUUCUUUUCAAGAGGAUUGUGCUCGCAUUCUACGUGCAAUAAGAAUUGCUGCCCGUUUAGGAUUUCGUAUUUCCAAGGACACAGCUCAUUCUGUUAAAAGUUUAUCUUAUUCAAUUCUUAGGCUUGAUAAGGGAAGGCUCCUCAUGGAAAUGAACUACAUGCUAGCGUAUGGUUCUGCCGAAGCUUCUUUAAGGUUGUUAUGGAAAUUUGGACUUCUAGAAUUGCUUCUUCCUAUCCAGGCAGCAUAUUUUGUUCGCCAUGGUUUUCGAAGACGUGACAAAAGGACCAACCUGCUUUUGUCCCUUUUUUCUAACUUGGACAAACUUCUUUCGCCUGACAAGCCAUGCCACAGUAGCUUAUGGGUUGCGAUCUUAGCAUUCCACAAUGCACUAUCCGAACAACCUCGGGAUCCAUUGGUGAUUGCUGCACUUAGCCUUGCAAUUCACAAUGGUGGAGAUAUGUUAGAAGCAGUAAGCAUAGCCAAGAGAGUCACUAAAGUACACGAUGUUAGCUUUCACGAGUUAUUAGAAAAUCAGAAUUUGAACCAUCGAGCAUUGCGAGAUGAAGUUGUGAAUCUCACAACAUCUCUUAAGCGUGCCCUCAAUAAUAUGACUGAUGAACAAAUAGUCUCUCAGGCAAUGGCAGCGUACCCACAAGCACCAUAUUCGGAUCUGGUACUUAUCCCGUGGGGAUUAUCUUUGAGGGUCUGCCGGAUUUUUAGCUGCGUAACGUCAGGCGCAGAGAGGGGAUUCAUCCCGAAGCAGGGCGGCAAGAUUGAUUAUGAGUCAUUAGCUCAGGGAGCCCUGCCGGAAGUUCGGCAUAUUUUCGCAAGAGUUGUGUUCGAUACCAUAUAUCCUCUUAGUCUAAAUCCUGAUAAUGCUCAAACAUGACUUGCUUGUGAGAACAAAUUUUCGAAAUCUUAGUAGUAAGAUAUGGGAGUCGUUUUUUGUCC